AUGUCUAAACUCGUCCCUCUCACCGUCAUCAAGGGCGCCGGCCACGAAUUCAUCCCUCUGCCAAAAGGCGAGAACGCCACUGUCGCUGACUUCCAUACCAUCCGCACAAAGACCGAUGCCCCCGCUCACAUCACAUCCGGCUUCUACAAGAUCGAGGCUGGUCCUGCUCGUCCUGCGCACUAUGACUUUGAGGAGAGCAAAUAUGUCUUGAGUGGUCAAAUUGACGUCUUGGAUGAGGCAACUGGUAUCACUCACCAUCUGGUUCCCGGUGAUUUUGCUUUCUUCCAUGUUGGCUCCAAGGUCAAGGGCUUUGCUUUCUACGCUGUCACUCGACCUGUUCGUGCCCCUCACCCCAACCUUAAGGGUCGUGAGGAGGACACCAAGUCCCGCCUGUAA